UGAGAUGGCCGCCGGGCAUUGAGCCGGAUCUAAUACUUCUUCUCUAUACUCUCGAUACUGUCUGUAGCACAGGAACAAUAUCUAGCCUCUUAUCUUAGAUAUAAACUAUAAAGCAUCACUCACUACACUCAUCACAAUGGCACCACCCACUGCCACCGCCACCGAGGAGGAACACACCCACCAGCAGUCCAUCAUCAAGAUGAACGUUGCUCCUGCUGUCGAAGAGGAGGAGUUGGAAUCCCAGCUGGACAGCCUCAGCCGCGGCCCCAAUCCCCUGCGAGGCAUCCCAACUUUCCCCUCCUUUCACGAGCACCGCAAGCACAUUGUCCUGCACAUGGCCGCCGUCUUCCGCAACUGGGCUCGCCACGGCUACACCGAGGGCAUCUCCGGCCACAUCUCCGUCCGUGACCCCGAGUUCCCGGACCUGAUCUGGAUGAACCCCAUCGGCAAGCACUUUGCCCUCCUCAACGGCAGUGACAUGGUCUGCUUGAGGAUCAGCGAUGGUGAGAUUGUCGGCGGUAACCGGACUCACCCUGUGAAUAACCCGGGCUACUACAUUCACUCCGAAGUCCACAAGGCGCGCCACAACAUCCACGCCAUCUGCCACGCUCACACCAUCGCCGGGCGUGCCUGGUGCGCCUUUGGCAAGCCUCUUGACAUGAUCACCCAAGACGUGUGUGAUCUCUACGGGGUUCUCGCCGUGGACACCGAGUAUGCCGGCAUCGUGACGGCCGAGCAGGAGGGCAGACAGAUUGCAAAGGCGCUUGGUCCCAAGGGGAAAGCUGCCUUGCUUAUUAACCACGGCAUCAUCACUGUUGGACAGACUGUUGAUGAGGCUGCGUUUUUGCUGGGCUUGGUGGAGCGCAGCUGUGAGAUCCAGCUCAAGGUUGAGGCUGCGUGUGCGGGUAAUCCGAGCUUGAAGAAGAGUAUUAUUCCGCAUGAGUUGGCGAUGAAUAAUUACAAGAUGGCGGGUGAGAAGCAUUGGUUGUAUGAGGAGGCUCAGCCGGAUAUUGAGCUUGAGAUUGAGCUGGCUGGAGAAAUCAUUUCGCGGGGCCUGGAUGAUGUGAAGAUUGAUACACCAUAAGGAUAGAGCGAGGGUGGCAAGAUUUAAACUGAUGAAUGACUAAACGACGCACAUAUAACUUUGGUUAUGAUUUUUGUUCUCUUUUUUUGUUUUGCCCCUAAUCCAUUGUUGUGAGGGCUGCGACUCCUUAUCAAGAGCUAUUGCUGCUUUGUUAUCAUGCAGAAAACUUGUUGAUACUUCCGAGC